AUGGCCUCGCAAUUACCAUUCGCUAUCCGGCGCACUACUGCCAGCAUUUAUUCAGCCGUCAAGGCCCCUAUCCGGCCAACGCUCUCGGCUACCCCAUUCUUCCAGCGCCGAUGCCUCUCCGCAGCUACCCGUGGACUCGCUCUCUCACAGCGACGAGAAAUCCUCGCAGGAUCACACAUCUACAAGCUUCAAUCGCAAUGUAAAUUCAGCUCAAAAAACCAAAUCCGCCGAUUCAACGAUGAGCCGCCUACUCUUCGCGAAUGGGGAUUCGAAGAAAUAAAUACCUCCCUCCCCUCCUCCGCCACCUCUCCAACUCACAAACCCGUGAUCCUAAUCGACGUCCGCGAACCCGCCGAGCUUAAAGGAACCGGCAUUAUCCCCUCAGCCAUCAGUAUCCCGCUCGCCUCCCAGCCCGAUGCUAUGUACCUGACAGCCGACGAGUUUGAGGAUCGCCUUGGAUUCCCGAAGCCGCAGGCUGAUGUGGACGGGACGCUUGUGUUCUAUUGUAAGGCUGGUGUCAGGGCUCGGGCGGCGGCGCAGUUGGCUGUGCAGGCGGGGUAUAAUCCGGAGCAGAUCGGGGUUUAUGAGGGGAGUUGGUUGGAUUGGGAGAGGAAUGGGGGCAAGGUUGAGAAGUGGGACGGGGAUGAUUAUUAA